AUGAAAAACCGACGACGCGGGAACUCUAGAAAGCGCAAACCUGGGGUGGGAAGACAACGUGGAGUGAUAGCUCCCUUCUUAGCAGGAGCAAUCCCUGCGUUAGUGGCCGGAGGGAAAGCAGCUGCAAUGGGAGGACAAGGCGCUGCAGCCAAUUAUGGCAGCAUCAAAGCUUUACAUGCCUUAUCCAAACUGAAGUAUUAAAGGAAACGCAGACCCCAAAGGAGGACUAAAGCACGAUGACGGGACGUAUGACACGACAAGGGGCCUUUUUAAAAGAUGUCUUAAAGGAAACCAACCAAACCAAACGUCAACAAAAACUUCGCUAAGGCAAUGCAGCUCAAAUUAAUGCUGUGAGUGAAUUAGUCAGGAAUACCUUGCGUGGGGCGAUUCGCCCUGGCAGAAAAACCGUGCCCAAAUUAAAACCCUACAGCAAACAGCUUCGCCUGAUUGCAAGUCCUCGUCAGAGUAUAAAAAGAAGACGCAAACUCAUGAUUCAUCAAUUAGGAGCAGGUGUUUGGAGUGAAUUAAGACGUUGUUAUCAUUAUGCUAAGACCCACUACCGCUAUUGAGAUGAAACAAGUCUUGUUCCAACGACUGCUGUGUGUGCUUGAAGGGUUGAUGACGUUGGCAACCCUCUUGAAAAACCUUCACCAACGAAUGAAAGAAAAAUAUCCCAAGAAGUUUGCGUCCAAAAAAGUAUAAGUAUUGCUUCUCUGUGAAUCAGACCUUCAUUGCUCACCAUGGAUGGUAUUAGUAGCACGCCCGUGGAAAACUCUGCUCAAUUUUUACGGCUAAGGGAUAAAUACAAACCAAACCUUAGAUGAUAGUCGUCUGAUCAAAGCAGCGGGUUUAGUGGCCCAACAAGAACUGUUGCUAGAAAGUCAGGCCCCCGCUACCUGGAAAGAAACCCGUUUAAAAUCUGUCAAUCGACAGUUACGACAAUGGACCAAGAAAGUUCGUCAGCCUGGGGGUACACGCAUUGUAGGACGUGACAAUACAGACGAUGAGGAUGAAUAUAAUUUAGCCGUGGGACCGCUGUAACAAUUCAUGGGAAAUAUUGCCAAGAUUCAGAAGGGUAUAAAAAGGAAAGCAGUCUCUAACCUACCGCAAACACCCGUUACACCCGCUAUCAAGUAGUCACCGGUGACACCCGCAAGCGGCAAAAAACCCAAGUACUCCUUUAAAACAGGGUCCAAAGGAAAGACCUAAGACAUCGCAAAAAACCCCACUUUCUGCUUAAGGGUGGGUAACAGGAAGUCCUUGGAUAUUCUCUCAAUCAUACAAGACUCCUCCAAAAUCAAAAGGUCGUGCCUCUGCUUCAUUAGUCUUUGCUACUGCCUACGGCACUGACCCUUGGGAUACCCCGGCUAAAAAAGCAGCCUCCGCUACCAAACGUAUUACGAGAGGUCAUCGUAAACAACACGGGACUUCACUCUAUAAAGCAGCGGUACAAGGGGCCAAAAAAGGCGUGUUGAAAAAACUAGAAACCACCGCUGGUUGGAAACCAUUUGGAACGCUUACGAAAAAGAAACUCAAUGGCCAAGACUGGUAA